AUGAAAUUUCAGCAAUAUAAUGAAAGAGAUCUCUUAAGCUAUUUACAGAAAUUCGUUUGUGGAAUGCCUAUUGAAUGCCAUGAUAUUCGACAUAUAGACUUGUAUGGUAUCAAGAAGCCGCCAUGGGAAUUAUUCAAAGGCUUAUUACGUAGUGAAGGGAAGACGGGUACUGAUCAGCUAAACUAUUUCUUUACUCCGUUGAAGAAGAAAUCUGUGAAAGGUAGAAACUUCAACAGGACAAUUGCUGGGGUGGGUCAAUGGAAGGGACGUGACAUUAGUAAAGAAAUUUAUGAUAAAGAAGGAUCGGUGAUUGGAUCCAAAAGAACUUUUCGUUUUGAUGAAGAAAGUAGCAGAAGUGACAAUAAUCAACUAACCGUGUACUGGAUUAUGAAAGAAUACUCUCUUGACGAAACCAUAGUGGACAAGUUAAGACAACGUGAUGAAAUUCAAAAGGAAGACUAUGUUGUGUGUAGCAUUAUGAGGAAGGUUAGUUCGCGUAAAAGCUCUCAGGAUGUCCCCUCGAAAGCCGAGAAUGAAGUUUCCAAUCAUCAUCAUCGUGAUAAUGUCCCAAGUUCAUCAGCAGAGACAUGUCGCCCGUGGCCGUACCAUGAUGCUGCAGAAAUUCGUAGUCUGCCACCAUUGGAUGGACCGUUUCGAUCGUUGAACGAAGAAGACUUGGCUCUCUUUGAAAAACCUGAUCCUGGAUAUCCACAGGCAUAUCAGAACAAGAAAUUAGAAUGA